AUGCAGACGAUAUUCGACGGUUUGAAAAGCAACAAGUAUUUCACUCAGCUAAAUCUUGCCUCCGGUUUUCACCACAUGGAAAUCGCCGAGAAAGACCGUUGCAGGACGGCCUUCCGAGAUGUGGAUGGUAUGCUUUUUGAAUUCACUCGCGCGGGUUUCGGACUGACGGCACUUCCGGCGGCUUUCACUCGUAGAGUAAAGUCGGCUCUGGGGCAUCUAUUGGGCGUGUUUAGCUGGCUUGACGAUAUUCUCAUCGCUAGCGACACAUGGGAAGAACAUCUCGCCACUCUGACGCUCGUUCUGAACCGCCUUGUGGCUGCGGGGCUAUCCGAGUUCCUCGGCAUGAUCAUUGACAGCACGGGCCUGUACCCUGCUCCGUCUAAGCUAGAUGCAAUCACACGCAUGCCUCGCCCACACACAGUACAAGAGCUGCACACGUUUUUGGGUCUCACCGGCUACUUGCGUCAGUUAAUACCCAACUGCAGUUUGACUGCCGCUCCGCUCACCAACAUCCUGCGCAACAAAGCCUUCGCUUCGAAACGUGCACGCAAGCUUCCUAUCCCUUGGUCAGCAGCUGAGGACGACGCCUUCCAGUCUUUACGAGAAACGUUGGCUUCCCCGAAGGUUAUCGCUUUCCCUGACAUUGAGCGUCCGUUCGAACUACACACGGAUGCGAGCACGCUGGGCGUAGGAGCUUCGCUCAUGCAGACAAUCGACGGUGUCACCAGAGCGGUGGCGCUCGCAAGCCACCGGUGGGCUUUGCGGCUGAUGGAGUACGACAUGGAGCUGGAAUGGAAGGCGGGGAUAGGGCACGUAGUGCCCGAUGCUUAG